AUGGGCUUCAAGCAAUUCCUGCAGAGGCGGUCGUUAAAAUCCAAAGACGAUAAACGGACACCGGCGGCGGAACUUACUCUCAGGGAAUCUUUUUACCCGAUCUGUUUGGUGACGGUUCUGUUCUUCCUGUGGGGGUUUAGUUAUGGCUUGCUGGACACGCUGAACAAGCAUUUCCAAAACACACUCGGAAUCAGCAGAGCUCGUUCCAGCGGCCUGCAAGCCGCGUACUUCGGUGCUUACCCACUCGCCGCCCUCGGUCACGCCAACUGGAUCCUCCGCCACUAUGGGUACCGUGCAACCUUCAUCUGGGGUCUAUUCCUCUACGGCGUAGGCUCGCUUAUCGCCUGGCCCUGCAUUCUUGCCCGUUCCUUCGCCGGCUUCUGCGUCGCCAUCUUCAUCAUCGGCAAUGGUCUAGGCUCGCUCGAAACGGCCGCCAACCCGUACAUUACGGUCUGCGGUCCACCGAAAUACGCUGAGAUCCGCAUCAACGUCUCGCACACGUUCAAUGGCAUCGGCACCGUCAUCGCCCCCGUGCUGGGGUCGUACGUGUUUUUCGUCUUCGACGAGGAAACGGCGCUGCGAAACGUGCAAUGGGUGUACUUGGCCAUCGCUAUAUUCGUCUUCAUUCUCGCCAUAGCUUUCUGGCUGUCGGUCAUACCAGAGAUCACGGAUGCGGAUAUGGCGUUCCAGGCCAACGAGUCGCAUGCUAAUGCCGACGAUCAGCCAUUCUGGAAGCAAUACCGCCUGUUCCAUGCCGCCUUUUCCCAGUUCUGCUACGUGGGCGCUCAAGUCGCGAUUGCUGGGUACUUCAUCAACUAUGUGGACGACGUGCUACCUUGGAACCCGAACGACUCGAUGGCAUACCGCUCGGGUAUCGGGUCCAAAUACCUGGCCGGCGCCCAAGCAGCGUUCGCAUUGGGCCGGCCCUGUGGCAUCUUCCUCAUGAGAUACUUCCGCCCGCGCUGGAUUUUCCUGGGCUUCAUGUCAAUGUGUGUCGUCUUCGUCGCACCCUCCAUCACCCAGCGUGGCUUCACAGGCAUGUCGAUGCUCUAUGUCACAUUAUUUUUCGAGUCUAUUUGCUUCCCAACCAUCGUAGCCCUUGGCAUGCGAGGGCUGGGUCGCCACACAAAGCGAGGAUCAGGCUGGAUCGUAGGCGGUGUCAUCGGUGGGGCGGUGGUUCCGCCCCUGACGGGUGUCACCGGCGACUUGCACGGCACGCCGAUGUCUAUGGUGGUGCCGCUGUGUUUCUUCGUCGCAGCAUUAACAUAUCCUCUCGCACUCAAUUUUGUCCCGUCAUACAGGGAUAUCGCGGAUGCCUUCUCGGACACUACCAUCGGAAUUGAGGGCGGUCACGCCGGUGUGACAGACGAGGAGAAUGGUGUCGUUGGUGGCAUUUUCGGCGAUGAGAAGGCUGUUGAGGUUGAGCAUUUAAGGUAG